AUGCUGGGUACCACGCCGUCUUCAGGCAGGCCAGAGCCGCAGACGUCUAAUCAUGAUCGAAACACUCAAAAUCGAAACAACAACAACAACAACAACAACAACAACAACAACAACAACAACAACAACAACAACCAUACUCAUUCUCCUCAUCCUACCUCUUCUACCUCUUCCUCUGCCUAUUCUUCUGCCUAUUCUUCUCCUUCGUCAUCUUCUUCUCCACCUCCUUCCCUUCGCCCCACUCGCUGUCCCCAGACUGGCAGGGUGUGCCCGCUCACUCUGGCAGCUUGGGAUGUUCGUUCCCUUUUAGAAAAUCCGAGGAGCAACCGACCGGAGCGGAGGACGGCGCUAGUGGCACGAGAACUGGCGCGCUACAAGGUGGACAUCGCCGCACUCAGCGAGACCCGAUUCUCCGAACAAGGCCAACUGGAGGAGGUGGGUGCCGGUUACACCUUCUUCUGGAGUGGUCGACCCACGCCAGAGCGACGAGACGCGGGCGUCGCCUUCGCCAUCCGGAACGACAUCGUGGGACGAUUGCCCAGUCUGCCGCAGGGAAUCAACGAUCGCCUGAUGAGCCUCCGUCUGCCUCUCCGGGGUGGAGGAAAAUUCGCCACCAUCAUCAGCCUCUACGCUCCGACGAUGACCAGUUCCGACGCCGUCAGAGACAAAUUCUACGAGGACCUGCAUGCCCUCUUGGCGACUGUGCCGAAGGCGGACAAGUUGAUUGUCCUUGGCGACUUCAACGCCCGCGUCGGCACAGACCAUACUGCCUGGAGAGGAGUGCUGGGUCCCCACGGUCUCCGCGGCUCAAAUGACAAUGGUCUGCUGUUGCUCCGCACCUGCGCAGAACACCGCCUCAUCCUGACGAACACGUUCUUCUGUCUGCCGGAGCGACAGAAGGCCACCUGGAGGCAUCAUCGGUCGCGUCAGUGGCACCUGCUGGACUAUGUCCUCGUCCGGAGUCGAGAUCAGCGGGACGUGCUGGUGACGACGGCGAUCGCGGUAGCUGACGGGUGGACCGACCAUCGCCUCGUCAUAUCGAAGAUGCAUAUUCGCCUACAGCCUCGCAGGAGACCACAAGGUAAGCGACCCCCAGGUAAGCUGAAUGCUGCCAUGUUGUCUUUGCCCGCUCACCAUCUUUAUCUCAGCAAUGAGCUAGCUCAAAGGCUAGACAACCUUCCUAUCGCUGCCGACGCCGCCGCUGCCAAGUAA